CACGGAUGGAAUUUUUGCAGUUUCAGGUCGGCCUUCGGAGUGAAGGAACGCAGAAAUGCCUGUGGGUGGACGGGUCGCAGGGAAAGUUGGGAUUUACAGCUCCCAUUAUAAUGGGAAAGGCUACAGUGGUAUUAACGAAGAGAUCAUGUGGAUCAGCAUCGGAAUGGGGAUCACCAUCGCGGUACUGAUCACCAUCGCGCUUUGCUACAUCGCCCGCGAGAAAUGCCGGAAGCGGCACGAGGGCUACUACGCCUCCUGACGAACACUUCCGCCACCCUCGUGGGCGUCCUGGUCCUUCUCACCGUCGGCGCCCGGCGUCUUUUUCAGCCCGACCACGUCGAGAGGCAAGCCGAGGGCGUAUUACAUCACCGUAUAACGCCGAAACCCGGUGACUAAUGGCUCCCCUUUACCUCGAUCGAGCUGACGUUCAACCAAGGAAUCGACCUUUGUCCCAUUUUUCCCUCCUAUCUUCUUUCUCCGUGAUUUUUCUCUUCUCUCUUUCCUCCUUUUUUGCUUUACAUACGUACACGGUGGCUCGCUAAAAUAUUUGAACAAUGUCUCCAAGGAAAUUUGUUUAAUUUUGAAAAUUCUGAAAUUUGAAGGAAAAUUUGUGUGCACGUAUAAUAUAAUAUAGAGAGGAAAUUUUUUUUUUUUUUUGGAAAAUUUGUCGAAGGGUGAUCAAAACAAUCUCUAAAAUUUAUUUGAUUUGGAAGUUUUCUUGCAAUAAUG